GCUGGUGUAUAUAAGAGGACCACAGGCUGACACUGAGAAAGAAGAAGCGAAGGUCAUUCCUCAGCUGGUUUGUUCUCAUCUCUUUGCCCUCUUCAACAUCUACCAGGAUGCUGACUGUGUCUCUUCUUGUUUGUGCCAUGAUGGCUCUGGCCAGUGCUGAUGACAACAGCACCACAUCUUUAGUAGAUGUCAGUGUUGCAGAGGACGACAGCACCACAUCUUUAGUAGAAAAAGUGGCUCCCUCCUGUGAAAUUGGUUGGUCUGAGUUCAAUGGUCGCUGUUUCCUGUUCGUGUCAACAGAGAUGAGUUGGGCUGAUGCUGAGAAAAACUGUCUGCUCAAGAAAGGACACCUUGCAUCGGUCCACAACGAGGAGGAGUACAAACACAUUCAGGCUGUGGUGAAUGCACACACCGGAGGUCAUCCAGCAACAUGGGUUGGAGGCUCUGACUGUCAAAAGGAGGGUAUCUGGCUCUGGAGUGACGGCAGCAGUUUUGAAUUCAACUCCUGGUGUGAAGGAGAACCAGACAAUUUUGCUGGUGCCGAGUCUUGUUUACAGAUUAAUGCUAACGAGAGCCAUUGCUGGAAUGACUUCCUGUGUUCAGUUGUCCUCCCAUCAGUCUGUGCCAGCGUCCCUCAAAGCUCCUGAGCCGAGUGUCAUGUACCUACCAAACACACAAACAUGGUUGGAUGAGAGAGUCUUUGUGUAAUCGGUCUCAUGUGUAAUCACAUCUUUGAUUCUCUGCUGUAACGCUACUGAAGGGACGAAGCGACAAGUGACGUGAACGGGAGCUGGAGCUCCUCUCUGAGAAGACUGAAUGUGUAAUGAAGAGAACGCUUUGAGCAACAAUCUUAUUAAAAACUGGAGUACUGAAACAAA